CUUCAUUAAAAAAGUCUCGAUAUGCAUUUUUCUUUCCAGGGGGUGUUAACUGUGUAAGUGUAAAUUAAAUGGGUUCUCUAUGACAGUACUUGAUAACAAAUAAAAAUAUGAUGGGUUAGAUGAAUAUCAAGUAUUUGAAAAUAUGGCAGCAGCGAGGAUGUGCCAAUGUAAAGAACUUGUUGAAUCACAUGACCUUGUGGGGCUCAAGAAAGUUAUUGAGGACCCUAACAUCACAUGUUGUCUUUAUCCGUGCCAUUUUCAGCCUGGUCUUCAUAAGCGCAUGAGACAAUAUAUCAUUAAAAACCAAAGUGUUGUCGAACAGGCUUGUAUGCUUGGCUACUUUGACAUAGUAGAACUUUUCUUGAACAAUGGCUGCAGUGCAAAUUUACCAACAAGCCAUGGACGUCUGAUUCAUUCAGUACUCUUGGCCAUAAAAUCUAAUCGUAAACUGGUUGAGAGUGGAGCUGCACAGAGACUUGUCCACCUUUUAUUAACGAUGGACUGUGAUGUCAACGUCAAAAACUACAAUGGGAAAUCCCCUCUGUUGCUAGCUGCCGAGCUUGCUGAUGCUGGGAUCAUGGAAGAGUUGCUGGACCACUGCUUGGAUUGGCAACUGACAGGUGAUGCUCAGUGCUACUGGCAAUCUCCAGUGCACAUGGUGUGCAUGAAUGGCAGUGUGGAGUGUCUCAAUUUGUUACUGUCUCGACUCCAUAUUGCAGAUCUGUAUAUGGGGGACCUAAAGAACUACACACCAAUGUCAUGUUCUCUAUUAGUUCUCAAAAACAAUUUGGUGUUUCAUACUGACGGAAGGGGUGAAGAGUCUUUGCUUAGAGUUCAGUAUAGUCACAUAGCUAUCAUUGAGCUUUUAAUAGAGGCAAGUAGAACUCCAGUUCGACUGCUCAAGCCAGACUACAAUUAUUUCCCCAUAAAUCUGCAAAUAAUACGUCUUGCCCUUGAGAUAGCUAACCAGUAUGAAAUAGAAAGAAAUCAGUAUGCUACAAGGGGUGCAUCUUUUGGUUCCAGUGGUUUUCUUAACUGGCAGGCAAACUAUAUCUCGUCGCCAGAUGAAGAAGAAGAAAGAAAGAUAGUGUCUCCUUAUGCAGAGCUGGUACGCAUGCUGGUUCAUUCUUGUAAUAUAGACUCUGUUCUUCUUAAGGACAUUGUUGCUUUGAGGAGCAAGUAUCCCUUUAUCAAGAGCCUGCUCGAUGAAAUAGAAGAACUUGUGACAAAGAGGUCAUCUCCUGAACACAUACGAUUUUGUUUAAUGGAUGCUGCCCGACAGGUUAUUCGUGUCCUUGCAUCCCAGUGUAACACUCUUGGACAAUUGGAACAGUUGCCACUGCCACGAAAGUUGAUAGACUUUAUUAAAUUUACUGAUUUCUGAUUUUGAACAUGUCAUUACACAUUUGAUAUGCUAAAUUGUUUUGAGCAUAAUUGGAUUGCACACUAUCUGUUUUAAGAUUAGUGUGACAUGGAGAAGGGAAAAAUAGAUAUUAUCAGAAUAAAAAUGAUUUUAAAAAAAUAUGUGCUUCUAUUAGAAAUAAAUUAGUUAAAAUAGUAAUUCGGCAUUUUGAAAAGAAAUCUGCUGGCACACAUUGCAAUAUCAACCAAAAGCAAUAUUUGUCUUUUGAUCUGCAGGUUAUUAUUUCUAACACUCUUUGAAUUUGCUGCAUGAGCAGAUGGUAUAUCAGUUGUUGACCAUUGUGGUCCAAGAUGUUCCUAGUCCAAGGCUUAUUGCACAUUGAAAUAAGUUACCAUUUUUUUGUGGGAAUUAAACCAAAAACUUCACAUUUUUUUUUUUUCAGGAAAAAAAAUUGAAAUUAUAUAAUUUUUGAACCAGAAGAUCAGCCUCUGAUAUUUUAAAAUCUAGUUUCAAAUAUGAGCUAAUGUUUUGAAAGUAACUACUCAGUGGUGCCUAUUGAUCUGUGACUAUGUUAGCCUAACACAGUUUUUGUGUGACAAUCAACUUAUACAAUUCUGUACCAUAUUGUAGCGACACCUUUUUAAAAACAAUGGGGAAGGAAUGAAUUUCUGUUUUUAAUUUUGGCUUCUUCUAUCACACCUAAAUGCAGUGUUGUGUACAAAACAUGUACCGGUAUGCUGUAACUACAUUUUUUACAGAAUCUUUUGCUUUACUUUGAAACCAAUAUUUAAUUCUCAGUUUUGUUAGUAUUUUUUAAAAAUAUUAUAUUUUUAUUUUAAAAUUUCUUUCAGAUGAACACAUCUACAUAUAAGUGUGGUUAAUUUGAUGAAAUAAAAAUUACUUAAGCCUCUUUUUUAAGAGAAAUUAAUAUCUUGAAGUCUCCAACAAAAAACAAAGAAAGCCACUUACUGAAGUUCCCUUUUUCCCUUUUUGCUGCACUGCAUCACAUUUUUUUUUAGUUGCUUAUGUGAAAGAAUUUUCCAGAUGAAUACUUAAACCAUCUUUUGUUCUUAUUUUCAGUAAUAUGUUUAAAAAAUUCAUUUAUUAGUCAAAAGCAAAGUCACUAGGGGGUGGCGUAGCAAGGGUUCAUAAUGCCUGCUCCCUCGGCUCCUUUUGAAACCCUCUAAUAAACAAAGUAAAACUUGUCUCAAAUAAUGCCACACUUAUUGCAAUAGUCAGAAAUUAAAAAAAUCUGUGAAUAUUUGAGAUUGAGUCAUUUAGGAAAAUUGUAAAAAAAUUCAAGUGUUCUACAGGUUCUUGCUCUUAAAGUUGAGAGGUUUCUGAAGAAACUAUGAGAACCAUUGAAGUCUUUUUCACUUCAGUCAAAAUUUGUUUUUGUUAAUGUCACUAGGGGCUUUAUCGAUAUUGAUUUCAGUCUGAGGAUUGAAUAGUUGUGAAGGCCAUGAAAAUACUUAUUUAUGUGCAACAUUAGGAUUACUCUUUGUUUGAAUGAAGUCAAUGAAAGACACCUAUAACAGUCUACUGUAAGACUUGUGAAGCUUGAUUCAGCUAUGAGAUUUCACUUUUUUCAAAAAUAAUCCAGAAAAAUUUAGCUUGUUUUGCUAAUUUACCAGACCUGAUCACUGAAUAAUAUGAUAUUUGUAUUUGUGGUGACAUGCAGGUAGUCGGUACCAAGCUUAUUUCUUUACAUGUUCACUCAAGACUGGAUCGUGUUGGGAUAGUAAUUUCAUCAUCACAAGAGAUUCCCUUGAUUUUUUUUCUUUUGAAUUUUUUUUUUUUUUUUGCAAUGCUUAUGUAAAGACAUGCAGGUAUUAGGUACCUAUCUUUGUUUAUGUUCUCUCAAGACUGGAUCAUUUUUGGUUAGUCACUAUCUCCAAGAGAUUCCCUUGAGUUUUGUCCAUCAAAUUCUUUUUAUAAUGCCUGCAGAGGAAUUUAUUGUAGCUAAUUUUACUUGCUUGAGGUCUGCCAGCAAACAUUUUUAUGCAAACAUUAUUUCUGGUUAACUUAACAGUAUUAUUUUUUUUUUUCAUACAAUAUGAAUCUGAAGAUGCAAAGUUCAUUUCUAGCUGUCAGGAUAGCAUGAUUUUGUGUGCAUGUUGUUAUUUGUCUAAUGUUUGAAUUAUAAAGUGAAAUAGCUUCAACUGUAUUGAUUCUUACCUUCUAAAUAUUGUUUUUGAUAAUAUAGAAUGAUUAGAAAUAAGUUUGAAAUACGUUGGAGUUAUAUAUUUCUUAACAAAUUAGAACUGGGAAGAUUUUUCCAUCCACUUAUUUAUAAAAAAACAACUGCUACCUUAAACUUGUACAUUGUUAUAACUUUUUACAUGACAAGAUACAAAAUUGAAAGAUAAAAAUUCAAAGUCGUAUCUGCUUACUUGUCAAUAGACCCAGGUUCUAUAUGAGAGAAUAGAAUGCAACAAUAAACCCAACUUAGUUGGUAGAGUAGAAAACAACAUUUCAGAUAUUUUAUUGCAAAAAGUGUUUCAUAAAUCAAUUUCCAUUCUCUUUAAAAAGUUUUUUUUUCUCUUCACCUUGACUCACUUCUUAAGUAAAAAACAAAUUUUCUGAAAUGUCCUUGUUUUUUUUUUUUUAAACCAUCUGCCCUGCUAUUCUUCUCUAAACCAUCUGCCCUGCUAUCUUUCUCUAAACCAUCUGCCCUGCUAUCUUUCUCUAAACCAUCUGCCCUGCUAUUCUUCAUUAAACCAUGUGCUCUGCUAUUUUUCUCAAAACCAAGGCAAUGUGUACAAUAGCAUGCUGAGGACAAGUUGUACUAAGAAGAUCAAAUAGAAUCUAGACCUAAGCUAAAAUCUGACCUCUUUACAAAGCUUGUAUCUACUCAGUCUGUCUGUCUGUUACAAUUUUUGAACACACUAUUUCUCACCUAAACAUUCUCGGACCAAGUUGAAACUUUACACUAUUAUUUAUUUUACCUAACAGAAACAUGAAUCCUUAAAAAGGAUUAACCAAUUAGCUAACAGAUUACUGGUAAUUAAUUAUUUUGUUUGAUACCAAAAAAGGGAAAUAAAGUCUUCAUUAUUGACAGUUGUAAAUGUGAAGAUCUUCCUUUUUAUUUAUCUAUUAUGCUUGUUAUUUUUGUUGUUGACUAAACACUAUAGAAGAACUUAUUAAUGUUUGGUCUUACAUGUGACUUUCCUUGACGUCCCAAGCUCCUUAUGGACUCAUUGGUAUGGAUCAUUGGCUAACACGUUGACACAGUCAUGUAAGCCUAGCGUUGUCUUUGUACUUAGAUACCUAAGUUUUGUAAACUUCAUUAUUCAUCGCCUUUGUCUUAUAUUUAUUAAUAUUUGUUUCAUGUGUAAACCAAACAGCUAAACAUCACAUUAUCUGUCUUCUUAAAGGGAGGUGGUGGGAAGGUGUAGAAAUAAAAUCUCCAAACAUUUCUUGUGACGCAACUCUCACACAUGAAAUGUUAAUGUACUUAAAAGAUUGGGAAAGAAGUUUAUUUUUAAAUAACAACUCCUGUACACAUGUCUGCUUGUAGGUAGCUAUAAGAUUAUUAUGAUCAGAGUUUCUGACAUCAAAAGAUUAUGUAAAAGUUGUUCAUUUUAAAGUUAUUCUGUAAAUAAAAACAGAAUAACUUUGUAUAGAAAUCAGAGUGUCAGAACAGAGUUUAUUUACAGUAGCUUUUAAAUGGUGCGGGGACCUUUUACCCACGAUUCUACUACUACUUUUUUUUAUUACUGCCUCCUAUGUGUUGGUAUGUAAGUUAUUGAUUUCAGCCAGUUGGUGUUUGUAAUUACUUUGAUUACCAAAUGGAACACUAGACUGUCUCACAGUGAACCAUUAUGACCAAAGAAGUGCAUGCUUUCAAUGAACAUAUUUAAUGUGAUAUGAAAAGAUGAUGCAUGUAAUUCAAAUACAAAUAAAUCUUAUAUUAUUAUA